GCGACCGAAGAAAGCGUUCCUCGUCUCUUUUGUGAGAUUGAUUUGUUCUUCUCUCCACUCGAAUUACCAUUCUGCUUCAACCGCACCAAGGGGCAUUUUCCUUGCACACCUCAUCAAUCAUGCUGAUCGACGGCGAAAAGUGGGCUUGUGAAGCCUGUGUCCGAGGACACCGUGUGAGCAACUGCCAACAUGCUGACCGUCCUCUUACACACAUCAACAAAAAGGGUCGGCCAGUCUCUCAAUGCCAGCAUUGUCGGGGUCUGCGCAAGUCGCGCUCCGCUCACGUCAAGUGUGAUUGCAGCGAGAAGCCACAUACCAAGGGUGGUCAUUCGUGCUGCUGUUCGCACGGUUCCAAGUGCACUUGUUCCAUGAAAAAGGAUGCGCGCAAAUCCGUCUCGGAGAUCCUCGAGCUUUCCAAGGCCAACAAGGAAGCUCAGAAGCCGCGUCUGACGACUGUGCAAUCCGAGAGCUCACUGACCGUUUUCGCCAAUGGCCACCACAAGCCCGCUCACAAGCACAAUCAGAUGGCCCACAAGUCCGGCAUGCCCUACCAGAUUCCGCGCUACCACUCUGUAUCGGGCGGCAUGGGUGAUGCUCUUCCCCGCUCAUCCAUGGACAAGUCGUUCGACCUGGACGCCGAGCGCAGCCAGUCGGUCAUGUCCGCUUCCGCCACCCCAUCCAUCCCAGAGGAUACCCGCGUCGUCAAGUCUGAGCAGACCUCGCCGCGCCAGCAAGCCAACUCCGCGUCUCGGCUCAAUUCUCGCCUGCCUCCGCUGGAUAUUGAUUUCCCCGUCUAUGACACGUCCAACAUGAGCCAAGAGCAGCUUGAUCUGCUGUCCGCGCCCGGAUCAUCCUAUGAACAGUCCAUCUCCACCCCCGAACUGGACCCUCCGCUGCUCUCGGCGGGCGUGGCCAUUCCUCCGGUCGACUGGUCCGCAUUUGAUCUUCCCUUGGACACUGGCGCCUUUUCCAACAACUCGUUUAGUCAGGCGCCCUCGUUUGCGGGUGGAUUUGACUAUGGCAACCUGUCUCAGGCGGAAGUUGCGCCAUCAUCGUCUGGCGGUCUCUCCGACUUUGGCGACUUUACCUUUUCCAAUGACAGCCCGCUAAACCCGCCGGGACUGGUGCACAACCAGGUUCCCUCGGACUCUUCGGAGCUCUGCGAGUCGGACUCGUACCGUUUGAGCACCGCGUCGUCGUACAUUGGCCUUCCGCAGACUUCGAUGCUGGCAUCGGAGAACCUCGGUACGAUUGACAUUGACGAGUUCCUCAAGGGUACACGGCGAAGCCCUUCGGACGAUAUCAGCAUGGGAAUGCACAAUGAUUUUGCCGCCGCCACGGCUGACUUGACUACGCUGUUUGACGACCAGCCCAAAAGCAGCUUCUCGCGCGGCGUGUCGCCCGACGAUAUGCUUAUGAUGGCUCCUCAAAUGCACUCGUCGGCCACGUGGCCUACGAUGAACACGGGCGCCUCGAUGCCCUUUGAUACGGAAUCAGAGGUGCCCGAGUGUCCUUGGAUUAGUUGAUUUGACGAAUGAUCCUGAUUAGGACUGAAUGCAAAAAAGUGGAGUCUUACGGCAUGACGCAACGACUCAUGACGAAUUGUUCAUUUUUGUUUCUCUUUUGGUUCAUGUGCCCUUUUUUUUUAUCUAUUUUUUUUUAUUUGUUGGCGAGCAUGCGCAUACCACUAUAGAUUUCCUUUUUCAUCGUUGAUGG